AUGGCUUCUAUUAAUGAAAUCGACUCGUUGCCAGCAGAUUCAUUUUACGUGAAGCUGCAGCCUUACAUCCGGAGCAAUGAGCAAGUAGACGAGCACUCGAACCGUUUCGACGCCAGGAAAAACGCAGAGAGAGCUGCAAACACGGCGGAGGAGCGCAAGUGCGAGCGCUGCCAAUGCAAAUACAGAGUGGAAAUGGACUCGAACGGCGUCCCGAAGCCCCUCGACGCGAAAAAUCUGUGCCAAUUUCACCCAGGCAAACCGUUCUUCAGCCGCAACUACGGUGAAACCAUUUACUCGUGCUGCGAGGCGUUUGUGGACGAGCUGAACUACAAUCUCGAUGGUGACGAAGAAGAUUAUUGCAAGACGCACAACUACCACGUGUCUGAAUAUUCGGAAUUUUUUACCAAGGAGAGUGAAAUCGUGUCCACCGCAAGUAGCAGUGGAUCAAAUAAAGCAGUGUACGCGCUCGACUGCGAAAUGUGCGUCACUGUAAACGGUUACGAGUGCUGCAGAGUCACCGUCGUGGACGAGAGAAAUGUUGUCGUCUACGAGUCGCUGGUCAAGCCGGAGGACUUCAUCAUCGAUUACGUGACAAAAUUUAGUGGAAUCAAUGAAGAAACCAUGGAGAAAGGACCGAGCAAGUCAUUGAAAGAAGUUCAAGACGAUUUGCUGGAAUUUAUUAAGGAGGACACCAUUUUGAUGGGCCACAGCGUCAACAAUGAUUUAAAGUCACUGAAGCUCCGCCACGACAUGCUCGUCGACACUGUUAUUGUUUUCCCGCAUCGAGAUUCCUACAAAAGAAAUUCUCUGCGGUGGCUGGCAGACAGGAAACUCGGUCGGAACAUCCAGCAAGGAUGGCAACCUUAG